UCUAGAGUUCUGAUAAUAAUAAUAAUAUUGGAAUAUUGGAAUAUUGGAAAUAGGUAAUUGUUUUUCUUCACUGUUUUUAAAAUGAGUGUGGAAUAAUGUAAAAUUUGACCUAGUUUAUGAUGCAGAAUAAAAUGAGCGUGUAUUUCACCUCUUUCUCUCUAUUUUUAAAUGAAAAAGAAUUUGAGAUAGGAUCAAGUGCGCUCUUUUUCUUGAUUCUUCUGAAUCCAUAGUCACGGUUAUUGUCCUAUACCUACAUUAUAAACGAAGCAACAAGAAAGAGAGAGCAGGUGUGUUAGAUAACGAGUAAUAUGAGUGCCAGCAAUAUAGUUGGUGUGUAUUCAUGAGGUGCCCGUUGGUCACGGGUGGCAGCCCGGAGUUCCGGGCCCGCUUCCGGACGAGUCUUGCACAGCUCUUCGGGAAAAAGGACAAUUUUUUCACCAAAAGAACAAAGAGGAAAAAAAGAAGAAGCAGAAGAAGAAAUAAAUUAACAUUUAAAUGACUUCAGUGAAUUCAUUAUAACAAUGGGAUUCUCCAAGAGGGAUGACACAAGCAGUUGCUCGGACGACUCUGGUAGCGAUGUUUUUAAAAGCAUUCAAAAAAAUACAAAUGCAUUUUGCGUUUGGCAAAUUGAGGGUCUCCGAGCAAUUUCGAUUCGACGAGCGAAAAUGGGAAUUUUUUCCUCUGAAUCAGCAUACAUCAUCUACACAGUAUCAUCAAAAAAUGGUCCAUUGCCCUAUCCGGGCGUUCCGGAAAAAGAGGUGAAAGAAAACAUGGCAAUGCGAGCUGUUCAUUUCUGGAUUGGUUCGAAAUGUGAUUCGACAAUGUCAGGAGCUGCCGCUCUUCGUGCUGCGGAAUUGGAUUCUCAAGUUACAGCGACAAUAUUAUCCCGUGAAGCCCAAGGUCGUGAAAGUCCUAGGUUCCUGGCUUAUUUUCGAGAUCAACUUAUCGUACAGAAUCUUCACACAGUACAACCCACAUGUACUUUGCAUAAAGUUUCUGGUCUAACGGUACCAAUCUUGACUGAACUUGAUGGUCUCAAUUGGAGCAACUUCACUUCCCGCGAUGUUAUUCUAAUCGAUUUGCAUUGCAGAAACAUCGUGUUCCUGUGGCUUGGCUCAAAAGCCGAAAUACUACACAAGAAACACGCGGCAACAAUUCUCAAGCAACGAAAAGAAAACGAAUCGCAAGUUUUCAUAAUUGAUGACGGCUACGAGAGAACAUUACCAAAUGAAGUGAGAAAACUUCUCAACGAUGUUUUAAAUUUAUCAAAUAGAAAUGUUAUUCCCGAAAAUCGACAAUCAUUAUUAUUGGCAAGUCCAGUGAAACUCUAUAAAUGUAGCGAGCAAACGGGAAAAUAUAAAGUUGUCGAAGUAAAAUCAGGACCAAUAUUACGUAAAGAUUUCACAUCGGAUUCAGUAUUUUUGAUUGAUCGCGGUGAAAUUGGAAUAUGGGCAUGGGUUGGAAAGAAUGUUAAUGCAAGAGAAAAGCUCGAGGCAGUGAGAAAUGCGCGUGGUUUUGUGAAAAAGAAAGAUUACAGCGUAACAGUACCGGUAACGAGAGCUGUCGAAGGUCAAGAACCGAUGGAAAUGAAAACAUUGAUUAGAGGCUGGGGACAAACAAAAGCAAGACCUCUCACAUUGCCCUCAUGUUUUGAGCCCGAGUACAUGACAGAGAGACCACGAAUGGCGGCUGAAUGUCAAUUAGUCGAUGAUGGAUCCGGUGAGAAAACUCUAUGGCGAGUUAAUCAACAGAACGGAAUGAUCGAAGUGGAAGAUCGAGGGAUAUAUUAUGCCGAAAGUUGUUACGUAAUGCGUUACAAAUACGGAUAUGGCCGUAGAAGCAGAUUAAUCGUUUAUUGUUGGGAAGGUGCUCAUUCCUCCGGUGGAGACAGAGAAACGGCAUUGGAUGCUGCUUGUCAAAUUGCCGAGGAAGUUUCUGCACAACUUGUAAAAGCCUCACAAGGCAAUGAGCCACCUCAUUUGUUACAAAUUUACAAAGGAAAGUUGACUAUUCUUGCUGGUCCGCACAAAAAUAAUCCGCCGAGUAAAUACUUAGUCCGAGUAUUCGGAUCGACGCCCUACACAUCAAAAGCCGUUGAACGCUCAUUAAGAGCAAACAGUUUAGAUUCGAGUGGAGUUUUCGUAUUAUUUUCAAAUUCGCCAAUGGUUUGGUGCGGAAGUCGAAGUACCGGUGAUGCCAGAGAAGCAUCGAGAAGAUUAGCCCCAAGUUCCGCACCACUAAUUUCAGAAGGCAACGAAGUCGAGGAAUUUUGGUCUCAAUUGGGAGGUCGAGGAGAAUAUGGAACAGAAUUUGUCGACGACGAAGAGGAACAAGAGAAACAUUUAUAUCAUUGCCGAAUAGAACAAGAUAAUUUUACAGGCGAACAAGUUUUGGGCUUUUCACAAAGUUCCCUUCUACCGGAAGCAAUUUGGUUACUGGACGCCGGAAACAUAAUAUGGCUCUGGAUUGGAAACUAUUCGUCAAUCAAAACCCUAAAGGAAUGCGUAGAGCGCGGAAAAAUAUUUCUCUACACACAUCCUGCGGGUCGAGAUCGUAAUACACCCAUUUCGAUAAUUAAACAAGAUUUCGAGCCGCCUUCAUUUAUAGGACUAUUUGAAAAUUGGAAUCACAAUUUCCUACGUGGUUAUCAAUCCUUCGAGGCAUUACGUUCAAUGAUUGAAGACAAAGAGCAGACAAUAAAUAUUUCUUCGAAUAAACAAAUUAAUGACUUUAACAGUCACGUAAAAUAUCCCCUGAGAACUUUAAAAAACGAACCCGAAAAUCUACCGACAGAAGUUGAUGUUUCAAGAAAAGAAUUGCAUUUAACUUAUGAUGAUUUCAUCACCGUUUUUAAAAUGGAACCAAAUGAAUUUGAAAAACUUCCAGCAUGGAGAAGACAACGACUUAAACAAUCCGCGGGUUUAUUUUAAUUUAUUUUUUAAAAAUAUUUUAAAGAGAAUGAUUUUUUUGUACUUUUAAAUAUGUAGAAUUUAAUUUUUAAGAAAAGUAAAUAAAUUGAAAAUCCUAUGAAAA